AUGGCUACUCCCGCACAAGAUAUCGCCGGUUCCUCCCACAGACUGGCCAGGACGGUCUCUCACAGCCUCAUGGUCUCAACUUCGCCCACUGCCACAUUCCAUACCCCCUCUCCAAUUGCCACAUUCCAUUCUCCCACUUCCAGCUUCGGCGGGUCUCAACUUACGCGGACUCAGACUGCUCCAAAACAACUGAAGCCAUUUGAUACUCAAGAUAUCAAGAUUCUGCUGUUGGAAAAUGUAAAUCAGAGCGGCAAAGAUAUUCUGUCAAGACAAGGCUACCAAGUGGAGUCAAUUAAGACCUCCCUACCAGAAGCCGAGUUGAUCGAGAAGAUCCGAAAUGUUCAUGUUAUUGGCAUCAGAUCAAAGACCAAGCUUAGCGAGAAGGUCCUCCGUGAAGCAAAGAACUUGAUUGUGGUCGGUUGUUUCUGCAUUGGUACCAACCAGGUCGACCUCGAAUAUGCCGCCAGACACGGCAUUGCGGUUUUCAACUCUCCCUUCGCCAACUCCAGGAGUGUGGCAGAACUGGUGAUUGCCGAAAUUAUUGCACUUGCACGACAACUUGGAGAUCGCUCAAACGAAUUGCACAGAGGGACAUGGAAUAAAGUCAGUGCGAAGUGCUGGGAAAUCCGUGGCAAAACUCUUGGCAUAAUUGGUUAUGGCCACAUUGGUUCCCAACUCUCGGUCCUGGCAGAAUCCAUGGGCAUGUCAGUGAUCUACUACGAUGUCGUGAACCUCAUGGCUCUAGGAACAGCAAGACAGGUUCCUACGCUGCAAGCACUCCUCAACGAAGCGGACUUUGUUACCUGUCAUGUUCCCGAGUUACCCGAGACUAAGAACAUGAUCGGAGCAGCACAAUUCGACCAAAUGAAGGAGGGAAGCUACCUGAUCAAUGCCAGUCGCGGGACAGUUGUCGACAUUCCAGCUCUCAUCAACGCUUCACGCAGUGGUAAGAUUGCAGGUGCAGCAUUGGAUGUCUACCCAAGCGAACCUGGUGGAAAUGGUGAUUACUUCACAACGGACUUGAACUCCUGGGCCGAGGACCUUCGAAGCUUGAAGAACAUCAUUCUUACUCCCCAUAUUGGAGGCAGCACUGAGGAGGCCCAACGUGCUAUUGGCGCUGAAGUCGCCGAUGCCUUGGUCAGAUAUGUCAAUUCUGGUGUCACCCUUGGCGCAGUGAACCUUCCUGAAGUCAACCUUCGUUCUUUGACUUUGGACGAGUCCAACCAUGCUAGAGUUAUUUAUAUCCAUCACAACGUUCCUGGUGUAUUGAGAAAAGUCAACGAAAUUCUUGGGGAUCAUAACGUUGACAAGCAGAUUACUGAUAACAAGGGCGAUGUUGCCUACUUAAUGGCAGAUAUCAGCAGUGUCCACCCACCACAGAUCAAAGAAAUUUCCGACGCCUUGGAAGCUUUGAGCUCUCGCAUCUUGACUAGAAUACUUUACUAA